UCGGAAGCAUGGAUACACUGGGCAACAUCAGCGGGGAAGCGAUGGAGUUUGAGGGAUCAGCCAUCACAGGAGCUUUCAUAAACACCAGCCUACUUGACGCCACAAACGUCACCAACAUCACCAACAUCACCAACAUCACCAACGUCACCAUCAUCACCUUUUCCCCCUACUUUCAGCACUCUCUCUAUGUGGCUACCAGCUACAUCGUGGCCUACUUCUUCAUCUUCCUGCUGUGUAUGGUGGGGAACAUCCUGGUGUGUCUGAUUGUACUAGAAAACCAUCGUAUGCGCACAGUAACCAACCUCUUCAUCCUCAACCUGGCUAUCAGUGACCUACUGGUGGGCAUCUUCUGCAUCCCAAUAACACUGGUGGACAACCUCAUCACAGGAUGGCCCUUUUCCAACACUGUGUGCAAGAUGAGUGGCUUUGUGCAGGGAAUAUCUGUUUCUGCAUCAGUCUUCACCCUGGUGGCCAUAGCUGCUGAAAGGUUUCGUUGUAUAGUGUUCCCUCUUCAACCCAGGACUACACUACUCGUCGCCAAUGCAGCCAUUGUGGUAAUUUGGGUGCUAGCUGUGGCGAUUAUGUGUCCUGCUGCCAUGGUACUGACUGUGGAGGACAUACCUUUCCACUACUUGGUGUACAAUGAUGAUUUCAACAACACACUCCCCCUGUACAUCUGCUUUGAAAACUUUGCCAACCCUGAGAUGAGGAAAGUGUACACGACAUUUCUGUUUGCUCACAUCUACCUGGUACCGCUCACAGUCAUCACACUGAUGUAUGGUUGUAUUGGAGGCAAACUGUGUUCCUCUGUAGUUGCAAAUAGAGACCCACAGCUGGCAAAUGCUACAGUCCAGGCUAGGGCUAGAAGAGAUGGUCAGUCAGGGAUUUCCCAGAAAAAGAUCAAGGUGAUAAAGAUGCUCAUCCUGGUAGCUUUGCUUUUCAUGCUGUCGUGGUUGCCACUCUGGACCCUCAUGAUGAUGACUGAUUAUGGUGGCUUGGACAGAGACCAGCUGGACCUCCUGACCAGCUACAUCUUCCCCCUUGCCCACUGGCUGGCUUUCUCCAACUCCAGUGUCAACCCCAUCAUCUACGGCUACUUCAAUGAGAACUUUAAGAGAGGCUUUCAGGCGGUGUGCAAGUACAGGCCUUUCUGUUGUCUCAUCCAGUGCCAGCUGUGGAAGUGGAUGACCAGUUGGGGCAGGAAAGAUGGGACUGUUGAAGCAUUUUGUGGAGGUACUGAUGUCAGAAAUGCCAUCACCAAUCAAAAUGCUCAUGUCUUGGGGCUGAGAAAUAGAGUCCAUAACACCAACAAGAUGACUGAAACAGCACAGGUAAAUAAAGGUGGGGUAAAUUUGGGAUGUGUGGUGGUCCACUCAGCUCAAGGUCUUUCAGAUCGAGGGUUAGAAAUGAAAACUGUACACAAGAAAGGCAGUGAUGGUGAGAAGUCAGAGAGGGGUGGUUCACUGGCACCUUCAGUGUAUCAGGCGUGGGAUAACUGA